AGUUUUUAUUGGAAUAUUUCGUCGAGUAUGAACGUGGAAGAAGAAACGCUAUUAACAAGUCUUUUCAAAACCUCUUUUCCCGAAUCAUGGAGAGAUAAUCCCGACUUCCAAGAAUAUCUCUCUGAACUUUCCUCCUUUGGGAUCGAUAGAUUGAAUUGCGAACCUGAAAGAUUAGCUGAGGAAAAAUCUCAAAUAUUAGCAGACACCCAACAGUUGGCCUUUAAGAAUUAUGGUGCUUUCAUUGAAACUGCCGAGUGCUCUAAAGAGAUUUUUCAGGACUUUCAGGUAAUUGAGCGAAGUGUUGAUAACGUCUUGGAAAAAAUUCCAAAACUGGCCGACCUUUGUUCCGAAUUUACUAAAAAUGCUAAGGAAAUAAAUUCUAAUAGGAAAAAGGCUAGUGUAGCAUUGCAGAAGCACACACAGUUAUUAGAGUUGUUGGAAAUACCUCAAUUGUUAGACACUUGUGUUCGAAAUGGUUACUACGACGAAGCUUUAGAAUUAAUUUCUCAUGUUAGGAGACUAGAAAAAAAAUUUUCCUCAAUAUCGAUAAUAGAAAGUAUAGUUAAAGAUGUCGCAAUUUGCUCCCAACUAAUGUUAACUCAAUUAAUUGAGCAGUUGAGAUCAAAUAUUCAAUUGCCCAGUUGCCUGAAAAUAAUCGGUUACUUAAGAAGAAUGGAUGUUUUUACUGAAAUUCAAUUAAGAAUGAAAUAUCUUCAUGCAAGGGAUAGUUGGUUUUCUUCAGUUAUAUCUCAGAUUCCAAACGAUGAUUCUUAUAUAUAUCUUAAUAGAGUUAUUGAUUUGUCGAGGGUUCAUCUUUUCGAUAUUGUCACUCAGUAUCGAGCAAUCUUUUCAGACGACGAAUCAAAAUAUUCUAGUGAAUCUGUACUCAUUCAAGAGUGGAUAAUUUUGAGAGUAAACAACUUUCUAAAUAUUGUGAAAGCUAAUGUUGUUAAAGAUUCGGCAUUCAAUCGAAUUGAUUCAUUACUUGGGCAAUGUAUGUAUUUUGGUUUAAGCUUCAGUCGCGUCGGAUCAGAUUUUCGGCCUUUAGUUGCUAAAAUCUUUCGUGAUGUGAUGUUGGAUAAAUUUAAUGAAAUUAUUAAAAAGGCUGAUGAACAAUUUACAAUGGAUAUGCAGAAGCUAACUUUAAUUCUUCCUCCUCCCUCUUCUGUAACGGCUACUAUUCAAUCAUUACAAUAUAAUCCAAACUAUCCAGACUCUCUGAACUUUCUUUAUUAUCAACCUUUGACGGUCUAUUUAAAUGCUCUACUGACCUCUUUGAACGUCAUUGCUCCAUGCUGUAUAACAAAUUUGGCCAUGUCAGUUCGAGAUAAAUUGGAAAAUUCUUUGGAAAGAGCCUCAAAGGAAAUAUACGACUAUUACAAAGCAGAAGAACAGUCAAUGAAUGAGUUAGAGAUUGAAAGAUUCCAAAAAUUAUGUCUGGCAUUCAGAGAUGAACUAAUUCCAUAUAUUAAUAAGUGUUUCGGACAAAUUUUUCCUCUAUCUACAACUGCAAGCAUUCUUGGUUUAAGUACAACUCAGGCCAAUCGACUGAUGUUAGGCAGUUUAAACAUGAGUAAAAUAUUGGAAAUUUUAAAGGAGAGACUACCUAAUACGGGCAUUGACAAAAAAGAGAAUGAAACAUUCGAUUCGAACGAAUUUGAGGGCGAUAAAAGUUCAGAAUUAGACAGUAAAGUAGAUAUUGACGAGAAAAAAGAUGAAACAGCAGAAAAAGAAGAAUUUGAGGAUACUGAAAAAAAUAUGGAUAAAGUUAAGGACAGUCUAGAAGAAGUAGAAUCUGAAAAAGAAUUAGAAAUUGCAGAUGUUGCAGUCGGAGAAAAAGAAAUUGAAAGCGAAGAAGGAGAAGUAAAAGAAAAAGAACAAGGAGAAGCAGAGGCAGCGGCGGAAGAAGAACAUUUAUCAGUGAAUAGUUAGAUUAUCUUUUCUAAUGCCUCAACAAUAUUUAAUUUAUUACAAAAUUCUUUUCUAUAUGUGCAAAUUAUUUUUGUCAAUAUGAUGAGGCAAACUAUAGUUAGGUGUAGUUUAUAUGGUUAUCCCAAAAAGAAUUGCAAUUAAUCUUUAAUUUUUUUUCGAGCCCUCCAAAAUCGUUCUCUUGGAUAACUACUCAUUGAUUUUUUCCUUUUAAUAUUUGCGUGCUUUGAAAGCUUUAAUCAACUUAAUCCUGAAUGAAUAUAAUUGGAUUUGGUGGUUACCGAGUAUAGGUGAUAUUUUCCUAAGAGGACAUAUAUUCGUACUCGUGUUCUUCCAUAAAUCCGCAAUCGAGUGGACUCCAAAUAACUUUAUCUUUAAUCUCUUGAAAACAUUCGUCAAAUUGACGCAAUCUGGAACCAACGUAUCCCUUUCGGCGAUAUUUUUUUGCGUUCCAGGGCCAAGUUUGAACUUUAGCUUUUUCAGGUGCCUUUAAGAAUGUUUGAAUAUUUGGUUCAUUCGCCUUUUGAUUGGCCAUUAAUUUAGAUUUAAUAUUUUUUUCAACGUUCAUUUUAAAUUGGGCAGAUCUUAAUUCCUGUUGCAGUUUCCAUUCCUUUUUACAGACGAGCAUAGCUCUUUGAAUAUCGUUACAUAAGUUUUCGUUCAAUUUGAAAUUUUCCAAUUGAAGCUGAAGGUGGCAAUCAUUAAAAGUCAAUCUUACAAAACAGCCGCAGUUUUCAAUCGAUUGAACAUUGUACAAAUAUAAUUUCCGUUCUAGAAUGCUCAUAGAAGAGUCGUUGUAGAUUAAAAGGCACAAUCUCGAGAGAACGAUAUGUUUCCUUUUGCUAGAGUCUUCAUCAGAGAAUCUCAACUCAAUAUUAAAUGAUUGAGAAAUAUCCAUAUCAUCGUGGCCACGUACGAGUUGCUCCAUAUUAUUAUCACUUGUUUCUCCUGUUGUGUCGGCCCUUUUAUCUAAGUGAACGUGACCUUACGCUCCUUUUUUAGAUUUACGAUUCCAAUAUCUUAAAGAAAAGUACUUUUUAUUGCAAUUUGCUUACGUGAAGCAUUCUAUUUUUGACUUUCUAUUCACGAUGGGAUAAACAGACAAUUAGCCUCUUAGAUAUUCUUUUGUUAGUAAUGAUAAAAAUAUUGAUACGGCAGUAGAAGUUCUCAACUGGGUUGAACUGUUACAAAAAUCCGUUUCGCAUACGCAAGUGUAUAAUUCAGAUUUAUCAAAUGGUCUUACUGUAUCAGUACUAUGACAUUUUAGAGUUGAAAAUCUUCUUUCAGAGUAGCAACCUCGAUCAAUUAUUGGUUUUUCCUCAUUUAUUAAGGGUAUAAAACGUUUAACGAAGCAUUGAACUCCAAGACAAGUUUUAAACUCUCUUUGCAAAUUAAAUCUACUUUGGGGAUGUUCUAAAAAUUGGCAACUCUCUUCUCCGUUAUGACAGACGAAACAACGAAUUUGAUUACUAAAAGUUCUCUUCUGAUUCGAAUGAUGAAUUGAUUUUGCUUUCACGCUAUCUCUAUGCGAAUUAGAAUUUAUUUCUCCAUCUAUAUCAUCAAUAUAGGAACCAUCGUCAUUUAGGCCUACCUUCUCAAAAGUAUUACUACUACCAGACAAAGAGGAUGUUCGCUUUUUCAAACGUUGAUGAUUAAUUUCCUCUAUAUUAUCGACGUAAUCAUCAAACUCAAUUGAGGAUGCAUAAUCAUUACUUUCACUAAAUGACGUUCUAUUUUGUAAUAUAAAUCGAUAUUGAGUAAUA